AAAAAAGUUUUCUGAAUAAUUUUAUUUCAGGAAUCAAUUUAAAAAAACAGAAAGUUGCUACAUUAAAAUUAUUUAGGUACUUAUUCGUAUUGAAAAAUGAAUUCUCUAUCAGAUUAUAUGUUGAACAGGAACAUGGCAGAACAGGCAGAACGAUAGGUUGUUGUUGUUAUUAUUGUGGUUGUUAUCUUAUCAGUUAUCACUCGUUGUUUUGUUUCAUGAUUUUUGCUAAUUUUUGCCUUUGCGAAAUUUCAUCAUUUAGUUUACCAAAAAUGUCAUCCACGUCAGGUGAAUCUAGGUAUCUCCAAGUAUUUUAUACGUAGAAGUGGGAUGCAAUGCAGCUCAGUAUUCUCGGUGUAUCAGUAUCAUGAAAGAUGAAAAAUGGAUAAAUGAAACAUCUUCGGAAAACAUUAAAAGUUCUGUUAUAAGUUGAAGUUUUGUGAAUUUUCCAUAAAAUUGUACUUUAUUAACAAUGGCUAACACCCGUCGUCGUUCAAAGAAAGCUAAGGACAAAUGGGACGAUCCGGAACCUUCGAUGGGCGAAAAAGUACUGAAGAUGACCAACGGUGAAAUGAUCCGUAAAAUUAGAUCACUCGAAAAUGAGGUGAAAAGCAUGAAAAGCGAAAUGAUGAGAAUAUCGCCAAAGAUUCGAGCUUUAAAUGAAAAAGUCAAGACUAAGAAAACUGACAAGACGUUGCCGUAUUCAGUUUAUAAUGUAAACGAAUUGUCAGAUUUCGAUUCUUCUGAAGAUUCCGAGGAAGAUGAAGCUGUUGUAAAUUCACGUGCUAAAAGGAAGAGAGGUGCUAUAGGUGAUAUAUUUUAUGAUGUCCUGACGGAUGAAAAACUCUUUGUUGAGUUUGUGAUCUAUACGAUCAUACUGUACAGCAGUGUACAAAUUUUGCUGCUGGCGGCUUUGUAUUUCUUGGACAAAUCAAAAUUCAACGAGUAUGUAAUGUGGAUCCAACAAAUUCCGAAUAAUGUUUUAUCUUCAAUCUAUAAUAAUGUAGGUAAUGUAAGUGAUUGUCCAUUUCUUCAGAAUUUAAAGAAAAUUUCAAACGAUGUUAAGAACUAAGUAAUGAUUAAUGAUUUUGAAUGAAUUUCUUGUGGCUGUUUUAUUUACACAGAUGUGUAAUUUUUGAUUUCAUAUGUCUUCAUUGUUGUGAUUUUCAAUUCCUUUGUUUUAGUGGAUACUUGGUUAGGUGUAUAUUUAAUUCGUCGCCUCGUCGGUGUUCAAUUACUUGUAAUUUGUACCUGCCUUUUUUUUUUUUUUUUUUCAUAAUACGUGGGUAAUAUUUUUAAUUUGAAUUCUAUUGUUUUGUGUACAAUGGUUGAAAUAUUUCUAGUUUAAAAAAUGUGUUCAAAACUUUCUUUAAAGUGGUUUCAAUAUAAAAAUGUUCUAUUUUCUAUUAAAAUUUUCUGAAUAAUUUAACUUUUACUUCAGGAAUCAAUUUGAAAAAACAGAAAGUUGCAACAUUAUAAAUUUAUAAAAUUAUUUUUAUUGAAUUCUCCGUCUAUAGUUGUGGCGUUCUUAAGAAUAUGAUUUUUGCCUUUGUGAAAUUUCAUCAUUUUCUUGGUUCCUAGUUUACGAAGUUUACGCUAGGUUACUUUACCAGUAAUGUCAGUCCACGUCAGGUGGAUCUUGCGAAGAAUUAACAUUCCCUAGUACCUAUUUUAUACUCAGAAGUGAAAUGCAAUGCACAAUCAAUGCAGCUUAGUAUUCUCAGUGUAUCUGUAUCGUGAAAGAAAUUAUGAUAGAUGAAACAUUUCUGAAAAAUAAUAAAAAGUGUGUGAUAAGUUGAAGUUUUUUGCAUUUUCAUAAAUUAGUAUAUUACUUUAUUCACAAUGGCUAGCACCAGCGGUUCAAAGAAAGCUCUGGAGGAAUGGGACGAUCCGGAACCUUUGAUAGGCGAAGAAGAAUUGAAGAUGACCAAGGAUGAAAUGAUCCGUAAAAUUAGAUCACUCGAAAAUGAGGUGAAAAGCAUGAAAAGCGAAAUGAUGAGAAUAUCGCCCGUGAUUCAAGCUUUAAAUGAAAAAGUCAAAGAAAACACCAAGAAAAUUGACACUACGUUGCCGUAUUUGGUUUCUAAUGUAACUGAAUUGUCAGAAACCAAUCCUCAAGAUACCGAAGAAGGUGCAGCUGUUGAAGAAUUAUAUCCUCAAGGAAGGAGAGCAACAUUUUAUGAUGUCCUGUCAGAUAGACAUCACUUUGUUCGGUUCCUGGUCUUACUUGUCAUUUAUUACAUCGUAGCACAAAUUUUGAUAAUGUCAGCUUUGUACUUCUCGAACAACGCAAAAUUUGAAAAAUAUGUGAAGAGUAACCAACGAAUUUUUGAUUAUACUUUACCAUUUCAUAAUGAAAUUCUUCAGUUCUUCACGAAUUAUACUCGUACAGAUGGUGGGUAGGAUAAGUAUGUUCAAGUUUGAUUAUUCAUCGGUGUUCAAUUAGGUAUUUAUAUCCAUUUUUUUUAAAAAAUCAAUUAAUCAUAAUGCUCGAAUGCUUAAUAUUUUUAAUUUGAAUUCCAUUGUUUGGUGUACAAUGGUUGAAAUAUUUUUAGUUUAAAAAAUGUGUUCAAAACUUUCUUUAACUGGUUUCAAUAUAAAAAUGUUCUAUUAAAAUUUUCUGAAUAAUUUUACUUUUACUUCGAGGAUCAAUUUAAAAAAAUAAAAAGUUGCAACAUAUGCUUAAAUUUACUUAUA